UACCCGUCAUUACUACAAACACAACCACAUCUGUCACCACCAGUCUCUCCACGAAACUCCCUCCUCCUUCACUUUAAACUCGCUUCUUCAAUGGACGAUUUCACGGUACUAUCGAUAGACUCGUCGCCGGUCUAUCCUUACGAGCUUCUCUUCAAAGCUUUAUCUCUAAUUCCCAUCUCUCACUUUCUGCUUUGCCUUCUCUUUAUACUUCUCCUCUUCCUCUACAAUUUCCUGGAGAUUCAUUUCUUUCGUGAUUUGGUUACUGGAUUUGGAGGCGAUCCUGUGUUGCUCAAUUGCAGUUCCUCCUCUGAGCUCUACCAAUCCGUCGCUUCCAAGUGUCGGAUUCUUCAUGGAAGGUUUUUUCCUACACCAUGGCUAUCUAGUCCUCAUGUCCAGACAGCUUUCUUGAGUCUUUUUGGCAAUUCUCCUAAUUUUGCCUAUAGAAGACAUAUAUUCCAUGCUAAUGAUGGAGGAACAAUUGCUUUGGAUUGGCUAAUGUCCAUUGAUGUUGAAGAAGGUGUCUGCUACAAUAAUGAUACUGUUUCACUGGAUGAUAAAGCUCCAAUACUAAUAGUGAUUCCUGGCUUAACUAGUGAUUCAGCCUCUGCUUAUAUAAAGCACCUUGCUUUCACAAUGGCAAGGCAGGGUUGGAAUGUUGUUGUAUGCAAUCAUCGGGGAUUAGGAGGCAUGUCAAUUACUUCUGAUUGCUUCUAUAAUGCUGGGUGGACAGAGGACAUUCGGAGUAUCAUCAAUCAUGUUCACUGUGAAUAUCCAGAGGCUCCUCUAUAUGCUGUCGGAACUAGCAUUGGUGCCAAUAUUCUGGUAAAAUAUCUUGGAGAAAAAGGGGUUCCUAUUCCUCUUACUGGUGCUGCUGCUGUCUGCUGUCCUUGGGACCUUUUGGUAUGUGACAGGUACAUCAACCGCAGGCUUGUGCAGAAGCUCUAUGAUAGAGUGCUAGCUAUUGGCCUACAAGGUUAUGCCGAGUUGCAUCAUUCUAUCUUGUCUCGUCUAAUAGAAUGGGACAAUGUCAAGCUGAGCUGUUUGGCAUUGAGGUUGGGAGCCAGAAAAGAACUUUUCAGAAAAAGCAUAAGUCACGUUCAGUUAGAGACUUCGACAAACAUGCUACCCGAGUUCUUGCGAAGUUUGAGGCGUUCUAGUUGUGUAAAUUUCGUAGGAAAUGUAUCAUUGCCUCUUCUUUGUGUGAGCGCCCUGGAUGAUCCAGUUUGUACAAGGGAAGCCAUCCCAUGGGAUGAAUGUAGGGCAAAUGAGAACAUUAUCCUUGCUACCACACAGCAUGGGGGACACCUAGGUUAUUAUGAGGGGAUCACUGCGAGUAGCUUGUGGUGGGUGAGAGCUGUUGGUGAAUUCUUUCAUGUCCUGCAUUCUAGCCCAUUGAGAAACAGAAGAAAGAAGAUGGAAGAAUCCAACUUGACUUCUGUGUUGGAGUCCUCGAUUGAACAUGGACCCUACGUGAAUGUUAUGGAAGAUGGAAUGGUGACUGCAAUAGGCAACAACCAAGAUAAUGUUGCAGCAGACACACACAGUGAAGAUGGAGAUCAUGUUAAAAGGGAUGAAGAAAUCAUUUCUGAAAGAGAAAGGAUUGAUAAUGUGACACAAACCAAACUUGAUAUGAAGCAGUCAGCAGAUCAAAAUCUGAAUGAUCUAAUAGUUCCUUUAAGAAGACACAUAAAUCAGCUCUCACGAGGGAGUAGGAUUUCAAUCUGGCUACUUGCAUACAUUGCAAUUGUAACAACUUGGCCGCUGGUGGGUUCAGCUCUUCUUUUGUUCGUCAAAAGAAAGUUCAAAAACAUCGCCGCGGGGUCAUUGUUUAGAAGAUAGUAUACAUCGUAGUACACAAACUAUUGUCAUUCUUGAUGGGUAUCCCUACCAUUAUAAACUGGUAUAAAUAAUGAUAUGACCUACUAUCUUCAUAAGGAUAAUAAAGAUACUAAUGCCAUUUUUAAAUUUGUAAGCUUUUGAGUUUGAACUAUUAGAUGAAGUCAAUGAACGAAAGGAAAUUGGAAGGCAUUUUGUAUUUGUCAUUUUA